AUGGAUACUAUGCCCAUGCUGGCAUUCGAAAGCCAGGAAGCGGAGUUGAAGGAGAUCCUGGAAGGUAGUGGUGAGGAACACCGUCUCACGCAGGGCAAUGGGGAGAGACGAGAGGUAGAAGAUCGAGCGACGUGGCAGAUGGUGAAGAGGUAUCGUGCCAGUGUGAUGUGGUCAGCAUUCGUCGGGAUGGCGGGGAUCAAUUGGGGAAUGGACGUUCUGGUGAGGAUCAUCAUUCAUCAUGCAUCUUUUUGGUGUUUGGUUGGACUUCUGGAAAUGUAGUGCUGAUGGAGAGAUAGCUAUCUAAUGGAAUCAUCUCGGUUCCUGCCUUCCAACGAGAUUACGGAUACAUGUUCGAGAAUUCUUAUAUUAUAAGUGCGAGUUGGCAAAUUGCCUUUAAUACGGCGGCGUCGAUUGGUGGUUUCUUCGGGGCGAUUGGGUCUGGAUAUGUUGUCAAUAAAUGGGGGACGAAGUUAACACUUGCCGUUGCGUGUAUGGUCAGUAUAGCUGCUGUAUACCUACAGACAUUCACAAUGGAUAUGGGGUUGUUGAUGGUUGGAAAAGUAAGGAAUUGUCCUCCACCAGAUUGAUUGAAGAAGUACCAACUUGUCUCUCACAGUUAAUCAACGGAGCUACCCUGGGUGCUUUCCUAACCAUAACCUCCUCGUACGCGGCAGAAGUAUGUCCCGUUGAAGUUCGAGGCCUGACGACUUCCGGAGUCCAGCUGUUCAUUGGCAUUGGACAGCUCUCAGCGAAUCUCAUUAUCAAAGCAACUGGAACCAUGGAAUCGGAUUUGGCAUAUAAAAUCCCUUUCUCGUUGCAAUUCAUAUUUCCCGUACUUUUGUUGAUCGGCCUACCAUUUUGUCCGGAGUCCCCUUGGUUUCUAGCACGGUCGAACCAAAACGCCAAAGCAAUUUCGACACUCGCUCGAUUGGGACAUCUCUCUCCAGAACAGAGUCUCGCGGAAAUCGCUCUAAUCAUCAACCACGAACGACAAAAGUUAUCGUCAACUUCGUAUCUCGACUGCUUCAAAGGCUCUGAUCUCCGACGAAGCGAGAUAGCGAUGGGGAUCUUCUCCGUAGCUCAAUUGACAGGUGUCGGAUUCGUUGUCGGGUAUAGUAGUUACUUUUUCGAGCUCGCUGGACUGUCGGCCUCCCACGCAUUCAGUCUUUCAGUUGGAGUAACCGUUCUCGGACUUGUGGGAGUGGUAUGUUCCUGGUUUCUCAUCAAUCGAGCGGGACGUCGACCAACUUCUUUAUAUGGCACAGCUUUCUUGUCCUUGCUCCUAUUCCUGAUCGGAAUCUUGGAUGUCAUCCCGGGUCAUCAUGAGAGGAGUGUGAUUUACGGACAAGUCACAUGCAUCAUCCUCUUUGCGUUUGUAUAUCUCAUGACCAUCGGACCCAUGGGCUGGACUUUAUUCGCAGAGAUCUCGUCUCCUCGUCUUCGCUCUCGAACCGUGGGUCUGGGUAUUGUGGUACAGAACUCGUUUGGUGUUCUCAUGAAUAUUAUUGUACCCCUAUUGAUCAGUCCAGAUGCGGCCAAUCUGAGAGGCAAGAUCGGUUUCAUUUUUGGAGUGACCUCUGGAAUGAGUGUGUAUUGGAUCUGGGCUCGGGUCCCAGAGACGGCUGGAAGGCGAUUUGAGGAACUGAAUUGGCUGUUCGAGAAGGAUAUACCAGCGAGGAAAUUUAAGGAUUACGACGUUUUGAUAUAA